AUGGGGUCUAGCGAAACAAGACCGGAAAUUAUUUCUCUUCUUAUGAAGGAAACUGCCACCCAUGGUUUCAAGCCUUUCCAUGUCCGAAAAUCUUCAACAGGAUAUAUGUACAACAGAAUCUGGGCUGCCAUCAAUCGCGAGACGCUCUUGGUUUUGGGAGAAGGUGUCGCGACACCCAAAGAGAUUGACGAAAUCUUCAAAGCUGUGCUCAAGACUCCGAAGGGUCCAUGCGAGCAAAUGGAUACAGUGGGUCUAGACGUAGUGCUGGAUAUUGAAAAGCACUAUGCGGAGGCACGGAAGGAUCCCCAGAACCUCUUAAGGAAAUGCUUGCUCCAGGGCAAUUAG